UCACUCUUACAAGAUACCAUAAUUCCUCUUUCUCUGUAAAUAAGAAGUCCAUAACUAUGAGCCAGUGUCAGUUACUUUCCUCUCCUUUGAUCCCGCAGAAUCAAACAUCUGAUCAACAAAAGACCAAGUCGCAUCUCGUUCUUGCAAUCAAAGAAGCAAGAUGCAUAGCCAACAUAGCUCUUCCCAUGAUGUUAACAGGUCUUUUACUUUAUUCUCGCUCUAUGAUUUCCAUGCUCUUCCUUGGCAGCCUCGGUGAGUUGGCGUUGGCCGGUGGCUCCCUCGCCAUUGGAUUUGCUAACAUCACCGGGUAUUCUAUUCUUUCUGGUCUUGCCAUGGGAAUGGAACCCAUUUGUGGCCAAGCUUUUGGUGCUAGAAGAUACAAACUUCUUGGCCUCACCAUGCAAAGAACUAUUCUUUUACUUCUCUUGAUUUCAAUCCCAAUUUCUUUUUUAUGGUUCAACAUGAAAAAUACCCUUCUCUUUUGCGGUCAAGCUGAAGAUAUCGCCAAUGAAGCUCAAAUUUAUAUUCUUUUUUCUCUUCCUAAUCUCAUUGCACAAUCCAUUUUACACCCCUUGCGUAUAUAUCUUAGGACUCAAUCCAUUACUUUGCCUCUAACAUUUUGUGCAACUUUCGCCAUUAUUCUUCACAUUCCAAUCAACUAUUUUCUAGUUUCUGUUCUCAAUCUUGGAAUCAAGGGCAUUGCUUUAAGUGCUGUUUGGACAGACAUCAAUCUUGUGGUAUCAUUGAUCGUCUACAUUAUGAUUUCUGGUGUGUACAAGAAAACUUGGGGAGGAAUUUCUUUGGAGUGCUUAAAAGGCUGGAAGUCUUUAUUGAACUUAGCCAUUCCAAGCUGCAUUUCAGUCUGUUUAGAAUGGUGGUGGUACGAGAUCAUGAUUUUACUAUGUGGGUUGUUACUAAAUCCACGAGCAACGGUUGCUUCAAUGGGUAUUUUGAUUCAAACAACAUCUUUGAUAUACAUUUUCCCUUCUUCUUUAAGCUUCGGUGUGUCAACAAGAGUUGGAAAUGAGUUAGGUGCCAACUGUCCGAAGAAGGCGAAACUCGCCGCGGUAAUCGGCCUCUCAUCGAGCUUCAUUACAGGCUUUUCAGCAUUGCUUUUUGCUGUUAUGGUGAGGAACAUUUGGGCGAGCAUGUUCACACAAGAUAGUGAGAUUAUCGCUUUGACAUCAAUGGUUUUACCAAUAAUUGGACUGUGUGAACUUGGGAACUGUCCACAAACAACAGGAUGUGGUGUUCUUAGAGGAACUGCUAGGCCUAAAAUGGGUGCAAACAUCAACUUGGGAUGCUUCUACCUUGUGGGCAUGCCGGUUGCUGUUUGGUUAAGUUUUUAUUCCGAGUUUGAUUUCAAGGGACUCUGGCUUGGUCUCUUGGCAGCACAGGGCUCAUGUGUUGUGACCAUGUUAUUCAUUGUGGCUCGAACCGAUUGGGAACAUGAGGCUCAGAGGGCAAAGGAGCUCACUGGAUCAAAUGCAGUUAUUGAUGAUAAUUAUGGGAUUGAAGAAGAUGAAAAGACAUUAUUGAAGGAUGGCAACAAGGAUUCAUUGGGUUUAUCGGAGGAGCCAAGCAACCAUAGUUCACCGGUUUAAUUAUUUGUGUUUUUAGAUACAGAUCAGAAGGCUCUAACCAUUUUUAGAUUAUUUUUGUUUUGUUUUCACUAAUGGUAAGUGUCAAGUAGAGCAGUGUUGUCAUAUUCCAACAAUGAUACAUAUAGAUUUUGCUGGUUAAAA